GAUUAAUUUAAGGUCAGUUUUUAGUUUAAUUGUUGAUUUCAGUGCACUAUAUAAAUCUGCCCACACAUAGAGCCACUUAUAACAGCCUGCUGAGCAAUGGAGACACCUGUCAAGAUGCUAGUUGUUCGAAACAACAUCCUCCUUCUCUUUUUCUCUUUAAUCGUCCCACUUGUCGUUGCUCAGAGCUCUUUUCUUCCACCCUGUGAGCCGGUUAAUGAGACUGUAGCUGUGGAAAAAGAGGGAUGUCCAAAAUGUCUGGUGUUUCAGACCACCAUCUGCAGUGGUCACUGCCUGACAAAGGAGCCUGUAUACAAGAGCCCAUUUUCCACUGUCUACCAACACGUGUGCACCUACCGGGAUGUGCGCUAUGAGACCGUCCGCUUGCCAGACUGUCCUCCGGGGGUGGACCCCCAUAUCACCUACCCGGUGGCUCUCAGCUGCGACUGCAGCCUCUGCACCAUGGACACAUCCGACUGUACGAUUGAAAGCCUGCAGCCUGAUUACUGCAUGUCUCAGAGAGAGGAUUUCCUUGUAUACUAGCCCCCUGUAACCACAAGGCUACUAUCCUUUGUUUAGUGCAUCAAAACAAAGUGUACACAACCUAACAAACUCUCACUCUAAAUCGGAUAAUUGUUGAAUAGAUGUAUAUCAAUAAAAAGUACAUACUUCUUAAAGUCA